AUGCCGCGACGAGGGGAGAGCAGCGAGAGUAGCGACGACGAUGCGCGGCCGCCAGCGCCAGUCGAUUCAAAUGGCGAGUCAGCCGACUCGGAGGUGAGCUCGGCCGAAGAGGCCGCAGUGCCGGAUAUGGCCAUCAAAAGCGACGAAGAGCCCAGCACAGCAGAUGACGACUCUUCGAGCGACGAGGAGGAGGACGAUGAAGCAGAUAGCGAUGAUGAUAGCGGCAGCGACAAUGAGGAGGAUGAGGACGAGAGUGAGGACGAGAGUGACGAAGAUAGUGACGCAGAUCAAGCGGCUGCGCCGCAAAAGGGUUCCGGGGCGCUGCGCGCACGGGGCGGUGAGAGCGAUGGAGAAGAUGACUCUGAUCAAGAAGGCGAGGUGCGCGCACAGCGUGGAUUCUAUUGCGCAGACUGCGAGCGCAGCUUCAACUCGGAUUUUCAAAUCAAGGAACACCUGGAAAGCAAGGCACACCGCAAGCGCGUAGCGCGGCAGGCGCAGGUCAAAGGCACGGGCAACAUUGUGUUUGUGGGCCAGCUGCCGUAUGGGGCCUCGGAGGCGUCACUGCUGGCAUUUUUCCGACCCCACGUGUCGGCCGACCCCUCAAUUCGCAUGCGAACAGAUCCCAAAACGGGCAAGUUCAAGGGGACAUGCUUUGUGGAAUGCAGCACGGCCGAGGACGUCACCAAGUUGUUGCAGCUGCAUCAGACAGAGUUUGAAGGGCGACGCAUCAAUGUGGAGCCGUCAGCCACGGCUGGAGGCAAGGCCAAGCGUAGUAAGGAGAUUAAGCGCCUGCGCGACGAGCAAGCCACCUCGCGCCGGGAAGCUGUCGGUGCGCUCCUGGACCAAAAGGCGGCAGAGUAUGGGGCCGACUUUUCGCGCAGUGACUUUGACGCGGACACGCGGGCCUACAUGUGUUUGAUGCCUCCGAAGAUGGCGGGCCAAGCCGUGGACGAGUUUAUGGCAGCGGAUCGAAGCAAGCUUACCAACCGACCGGCUUUUCUCAUGGCCAUUCUGAAGCGACUGCGAGAUGGCGGAGGCCGGUCGUGCUUUACCUGUGGCAGCACGGACCACGUCAAGGCGCAAUGUCCAGAGCGCAAAUCGGCCGGGCGCGGUCGCGGGCGUGGUGGAGGCGGUCGCGGGCGUGGGGGCGGCGGCUACGGUGAUCGGGGCGGUCGCGGUGGCGGCUACGGUGAUCGGGGCGGUCGUGGUGGCGGCUACGGUGGCCGUGGUGGAUACAGUGGCCGGGGUAGCGGCGGCGGGGGGGAUCGUGGCCGGGGCCGAGGCCGGGGCAGCUACGGGGAUCGUGGUCGUGGCGGCGGCCGUGGUGACAACCGAGGUCGUGGCCGUGGCAGUGGUAGCGGCGGCCCGCCCUCCAAGCGCUUCAAACCUGACCAGGACUGA